AUGCAAACAAACGACACCGUAUCCCUUCUCCUUUCAGUGCAUUUAUAGGUGAAUUCUUACCCUUUCAGUUCAUUCAAUCAAAGAAGCUUAAAUUCUCUUUGGCGCUUGCUCCUUUUCUCUCUGGAUAAGCAUUCCUAGUUGUUGUUCUUUUUUCUCGGCUGAUCAAAGUCAUUUUUUCUGUUUUCUGGUGGAAUAAGCUUCUUGAAGUUUGAACUAUGGCGCUUCUUGGAACCACCUUACUCUUCAAUGGACUUUCUUCUACUAUCAAGGAGUUUAAUGUCUUGCCACAUUCAUUCAUCAAUAGCUUUCAGAAGGUGCAUCAUGUUUCUUUGCCUUCCUGCACUCCAAACAAGUUAGUUCUGAGCAGAAGUUUUGGAAGAGGAGACCAAAUAUGUCUUUUACAUGGUCAAUCUCUCAAGUUGCAAAUGGGAAGAUUCAUGGGAACACUGAGAGUAAAAAGAGAAGACUCAGAGAGCAAAUUGAAUUGCGAGAACGUUGCAUUGGAUGAAGAGGAAUUGGAGGAGGAGCUAGAGAACGCCAUAGCUGCAGAGAAUUAUGCAAGAGCAGCACAAAUAAGGGAUACGCUGAAAAACCUUCAGAAAGGUAGCAAGACAGCGAUAUUUGGUGCAAACAGACGGUUUUAUGAGUCAUUCAGGAAUGGUGACCUUGCAGCUAUGCAAGGCAUCUGGGCGAAAAGGAAAGAUGUAUGCUGUGUCCAUCCUGGUUUGAAGGGGAUAACUGGUUAUGAUGAUAUCAUUGAGAGCUGGAAUUUUAUAUGGGCUAACUACGAGUUUCCACUAGAAGUUAAGCUAGAAGACAUUAAGAUUCACGUUAAAGGGGAUAUAGGAUAUGUUACUUGCGUGGAAUUUGUGAAGACAAAAGGAGGCAGAUGGGGAGGACAAUUUGUGACAAAUGUGUUUGAGAAGAUUCGUGGAAAGUGGUUUAUUUGUAUCCAUCAUGCUUCCCCAAUAGACGUAUGAACACAUCAGAGUUUGUAAUAUAGAUAGGAACUUCACCCUUAGUUGCUCUUUCUAUGUUUGUAUCCAUUUUUGUAUCCAAAGAUUCUGCGGGUGUAGCAUUACAACAUACACAUAAUCUGUAGAAGAUGUGAUGAGGAUUACAGAAUAAAAUCAAUUUCUUUUUGUAGAA